AUGUCAAACACUCUCAGACUGUGGCUGCUGGUGCAGGAGAUGAUCCCAACUCUCAACAUCUCAAAUACAACCCCUGGUUGGCUGGAAAAGGAUGAAGUCAACGGUUUUGGCCCAGAGUUUGAGCAGCAACCGGUGGACACCAUCUACCCCGAAGAGUCACCCGAGUCCAAAAUUAUCAUGAGCUGCCGGGCUCGAGCAAACCCACCUGCCAUAUACAAAUGGAAAUUGAACGACAUGGAAAUUGACUUGAGUGAAGAGGGAAGCCACUACAGUUUAUCAGGAGGCAACUUGGUCAUCAGCAACCCGUUGAGAACCGAACAUGUGGGCAAAUACUCUUGUUUGGCCACCAACAUGUUUGGCACGGUCGUCAGCCAAGAAGCAUCUGUCCAGUUUGGAUACCUGGAUUUUUUUUCAUUAGAGGAGAGAGGGAUAGUGCAUGUCAAGGAGGGCCAGGGGGCCGUCCUGCUCUGUGCUCCCCCUCCACAUUUCCCAGGCGGGCUGUCAUUUCGAUGGAUGCUCAAUGACUUCCCCAGCUUCAUCUCACUGGACAAGCGAAGAUUUGUCUCCCAGAUAACAGGCAACCUGUACAUCUCCAAGGUGGACUCAUCAGAUAGGGGCAACUACUCCUGCAUGGUAUCCAGCCCGUCCAGUUCUAAGAGUGUGUUUUCCAACUACAUUCCCCUCAAGUCUCUGGCUGAACGUCCCAUUAGAAAAUACCCAGCUGACCUCAGAGUUAAGUUCCCAGACACUACUGCUUUGGUGGGACAGAAUGUCACAUUAGAAUGCUUCGCUUUGGGGAACCCAGUACCUGAUAUUCACUGGAGGAGGAUGGGCAAAGAGAUGCCAUACAACCACGAGGUGCGGAUGGCAGGUGCUCAGCUGUAUCUCCAUAAUGUCCAGUUUGAUGACAGUGGCACCUACAGAUGUGAAGCAGUCAACUCAAAAGGAAAGGACUUCCACUAUGCAAAUGUGUCUGUUCAGGCAUUUCCUGAGUGGGUGGAACGCAUUCGUAGCACAGAGAAAGACAUCUAUAGCAGCUUUACCAUGUCAUGCAUAGCCAAAGGUGAACCACAACCACAAAUCCGCUGGCUGAAAAAUGGAGAACCGAUGGAUAGAACAGAAAUGAGGUUCAGCAGGCUGAAGUUUGAUGAUUCAGGGAUGUACCAGUGCAUUGCAGAGAAUCGUCACGGAGUUAUUUUUGCCAACGCAGAGCUGCGAGUGAUUGCUCUUGCUCCAAAGUUUGAACGCCGCUCACAAAAAAAUGUGCUAGCACCUAAAAACGGUCGCGUUGUGAUUGAGUGUCGACCGAAAGCAGCUCCGAGGCCCACAUUCUUCUGGAGCAAAGACACAGAGCUGCUGUCCAACUCCACCAGGGUGUUCAUCUGGCUGGACGGGAGCCUCGAGAUCCUGAAUGUGACGCGAGCUGACGAGGGCAGGUACACCUGUUUCGCUGAGAACGACUUGGGGAAGGCCAACAGCACGCGCCCUCUACUGGUCACAGAGUCUACAAAGAUCACCUUGGCACCGUCCAAUGCAGAUGUUAACGUGGGAGAGAACACCUGGAUGCAGUGUGCAGCGUCCCACGACCCACUGGUGGACAUUACUUUUGUCUGGUCCCUGGAUGGAAGAGAAAUCGACUUACACAAGGACAGUGCACACUUUGAAAGCAUUUUGAAUGGAAGCUCAAAUAGUAAGCUGCUGAUUAAAAAUGUUCAGCUGAAGCACGCUGGACACUUCGCCUGCACCGCAAAGACCCAGGUCGACAACAUCACUGCCUCUGCCCACCUGGUUGUCAGGGGCCCUCCAGGUUCCCCAGGUGGAGUACGAAUAUUAAACAAAACUGACAAGAGUGUGACACUGCAGUGGAGCCGUGGAGCAGACCAUCACAGUCCGAUCUCCAAAUAUACCAUCCAGUACAUAGACCAGUUCUCCAAAGAAGUCUGGAAGACUGCCACAACAUCUCCAGCUGAUGUUGAAGGGAACGCAGAGACAGCCACUGUGGUCAAUUUGUUCCCCUGGACAGAAUAUGAGUUCAGGGUUAUUGCCACCAACACUCUGGGGACAGGAGAUCCAAGCAGGCCAUCACCAAAAGACAGAACUCUGGAAUCAGUUCCUGUGGUGGCGCCCUCAGAUGUUGGUGGGGGUGGAGGAACCAGCAGAGAACUGACCAUCACUUGGACGCCAGUACAGCCUCAGUACUACUAUGGGACCAACUUUGGCUAUAUUGUGGCCUUUAAACCUCGUGAGGAAUUUGAGUGGAAAAGGGUGGCAGUAGCUGAUCCUGGAGCCAAGCAUUAUGUCCACAAAGACCCCACCAUUCCUCCUUUGACAGAGUUUGAAGUAAAAGUGAAAGCGUACAACAGCCAGGGAGAGGGACCUUACAGCCUUACAGCCAUCAUUUACUCUGCACAGGAUGCACCUUAUGAAGCUCCUGCAAAUGUUGAAGGUCGAGCUCUGUCUGCCACAGCAGCAACAAUCUCCUGGAUUUCCCUUUCACAGAGUAACAUAGAUGGAUACCAGAUAAAAUACUGGAGGAAUCAUGAAGAUAGUGAAGGUGGAGCCCAAAGGGUGGUGGCGCUAGCCAUGGAUAACCACACUAAACUCGAGGGUUUGAGGUCCAACUCGGAAUACCUUGUUGAGGUUCGAGGCUACAACUCUGCAGGAUAUGGACCACCCAGCAAACGCAUCAAGAUUCACACCAAGAAACCUCCUCCAGACAGACCUCCAAAAAUAAUAAGCACAAAACUAAAGGGCAAGUUUGUGAAUAUUGCUUGGGAGCAGGUGGAACCACUGAAUAAUGAAUCAUCAAUAGAUGGUUACAGAGUGCUGUACAAACAGAAGGGAAACCCUGUGCCCACUCUGUACACAACCAGUAAGAAGUAUAUAGAACUCCCUUUGCCUGCAGAUGGGGAAUAUGUGGUGGAAGUUCGGGCACACACUGAGGGAGGAGAUGGAGCUGUGGCACAAAUCAGCGUUCAAGGCGGAGGCAUCAUACCCACUGUAUCUCUCAGGGUUUCCUCCCUGCUCCUGGUGGUUCUCCUCCUCCUGAACAUUUGAAUGUAGCGCCAUCUUUGUGUUCACUUACAUCAACAAAGAAACCUGUGGUUGCUGAAGGUUUACGCCUAUAAGGAUUUGGGGCUGUUUCCACAAUAUUUGUAUUUCUCCCUGUUAU